AUGAGCAUCAAUACUAAAUCGCCCUUAAAAAAGGGCCAAAACAAUUUCUUUACCACUAAAGCACCAAAUAAUCUACAUCUUAACAACAAAAUAAUCAAAACACCUAAUAAUAAUUCAAAGAUCGCACCCCAAAUCACAAAUCCCAAAACCAACUCAACUUCACAGCUCAAAAAUAUUCCAAAUCAAAUCACACCAAAUCAAUCACCUCCAAACCCUAAAACCAACGAAAACCAAAUCUCAUUCGCCAAUGCAGCAGCCAAAACUCGAAACCCAAAAAAAGAACAAGCAAUAAUCAUUGAAAUAACUGACGAUAUUCAGCAACAUGAAUAUGUUUAUGCAAUAGCAGAAAUAACUAAACCAGAAAACAUAAUAUUCAUGUCACGCAUAUCCAAAGAUAGAUUCUGCAUAUUCUUAUCAUCAGUAGAACAGGUUGACCGCGUCGUUAAUCAUCCAACACCAAUAACAAUCAAAGAAAAACCAAUUAAAAUCAGAAAAUACUUUAACCCCGAUAAAAGAAUAAUCAUAUCUAACGUAUGCCCAACAAUCCCAAACGAAACGAUUCUAAGCGAACUCAACAACAUUGGUAUAACCCCCACCAGCCAAAUAAUUCACCUCAGAGCCGGUGUUAAAAAAGAAGGUUUCGCACACAUAUUAAGCUUCCGAAGACAAAUGUUCAUAUCCGCAGAAACCACCAUAAAUAUUCCGAAUUCGCUACUAAUCAACCACGAAGGAUCAAAUCACAGAAUUUUUUUCUCAGACGACUCACUAACCUGCUACAAAUGUAAAAAAAUUGGUCACACUUCCGCCAGCUGCAAUGAGUUCAUAGAAACAACCAUACAAAAUCAGAAUAAUUUAGAAAAAAUAAGCGACGCUCUCACCACGCAACAACAACACACAAUAACAACCCCCCAAACAAGCAUGUCACAAAUAGAACACCCUAUAGUGAACCCAAUUAAAAAUACUGAAGCGAAUACCACCGAUAACAUGGAAACCGACCUCAUAUCAUUCACCGAUAACAAAAGGCCCGCGCCCUCCUCUCCAACGACGUCCCGAAACUCCGAGGAAGCCAUAAUAAUCGACAACGAACAAAACUUAAUUGCUACCAAAAUCCACAAAGAUCUCACCAUAAAAAAAGCCAAAAUAAUACGACCCAACACGCAAGCAACCAUCGAGUUUGAUACAAUAUUAGAACCAGCAAAACAAAUUUUUACCAACAACGCCAGCAAUUUAUCAAUCAGUUUCACACAAUUCAAAGCCAUAAUAGAAAACGCUCUAACCUGCAGCGACAAACAAGAAUUAUGCGACAACUACAAUAUCGAACCCAACCACCUAAUCAGAAUCAUCGAACUCGUUUACCCAGCUAUCAACAGCAAAGCAAUUAAAAACCGCUUAACACGAUUGUCAAAUGCACUUUUUGAAUUAGACGUACCUACAUAUGAAGAUAACAACUAA